GCAUCUUAUGUACAAUAUGGCGAUUUCAUGCUUGGAGCUGAUUGGUUCCAUUUGGUCUUAUGCUAUGUUUAUGUAGCUUAUGUCAUUUUGAGUGUGAUGGGCCAAAAUAAUCAAGAUCAGUUUGUGGUUAUAAUUAUUCAGACGACGGCGAACGUUUUGUCGUGCCAUUUGUGAUCCACGCGAAUCAACGCGAAUAGCUCGUUGCGUAUGCAAUCGAGCGAACAGCGAAAUUCGAUAAAAAGACUCACAUAUACGAUGGCAUUGAACGAUUGCGUAGACCCGGAGCGGGUAGUAUGUGGCUUUAGCGCAUUCAAGGAAAUAGACGAAGUGACUGCUUUGAUAGCGGAGUUGAACCAGCCCAAUCUGCUGACGAGUCACGUCGAGCGAAACAGAGAUCGCUUUAAUUUUAUCUUGUCCCAAUAUCAGGAUCAGCAUCAUCUUCUAGAUCCGUAUCUCGAGCGUAUCCUGGGAUCCUUGCUGUUGGUCAUCAAAGAUGAUGUAUGCCCGGAAUGUGUCAAGCACAACGCGUUCAAGUAUCUAUUUAUCAUCAUGUCGGUGAAAACGUAUAAGAGAAUUGUCACUUAUCUUCCGCACGAAGUGGCGGACCUUCUGCCAGUGUUAAGAAUGCUCGAAAAGCAAGACCCGAAUGAUGUAGAGACAUGGGAGACUCGAUAUGUCCUGCUUAUUUGGUUGUCCAUAAUUUCUAAAAUACCUUUUCCUUUGUCUCGUCUGGAGACAUCCAAAAAUAUAGAUCUGGAGCAAACCAUUAUUGUCAGAAUUUUAAAAGUAUGCAAAUUGUAUUGCUUGUCGAAAGAUUCAUGUGCCGUGGCGGCUGUUUUUUUAAUAGCAAAUUUUUUAACACGGUCGGAUGUGAAGAAGUUAUAUUUGGAAGAAAUGAUAAUGUGGUGCUUAAAGUGUAUAGAAAAUGAUCCUUUGAGACAUGGCCCUUUAGCUGUAAUAGCCUCGAUAUUAAAGCAUAGUGCGAGAGAAGACGUUAAACCAUAUAGUCAGAUACUUCUCGAUAAUAUAUUGAAACUUCAGUUAAGCGACAAUCCAGCGGAUCUUAUUAGAAAAUUUGGAAUAAAAGUUGUCCAGCGCAUAGGUCUAGUAUUGUUGAGAACAAAAUUAGCGUCUUGGCGCUACCAGAAAGCAAGUCAUCCAAUCAGCAUUAUACCUAACAUCAAAACGGAUAAUAUUGAUAAUGCUGAAAGUAAAAUUAAUAAUAUUAAAAAAACCAUUUCGAACGACAGUGAAGAUCAGGAGAUUUCCCCAGUUAUUGAAGAUAUAAUAGAGCAACUCAUUCAGGGUCUUCGGGAUAAAGCGAUUAUUGUAAGGUGGUCUGCAGCGAAAGGUAUUGGCAGAAUAACCGCGAGAUUGCCGAUAGACUUAGCCGACGAUGUAUUAGGAUUCGUGUUGAAUCUCUUCUCUGGGCGAGAAUCAGAUUCAGCUUGGCAUGGUGGUUGUUUGGCGCUCGCUGAACUUGGAAGACGUGGCCUAUUGUUACCUCAUCGUUUAAAUGAUGUUAUUCCCGUGGUACUACAAGCUCUAGUCUUCGACGAACCCAGAGCUUAUGGAUCGAUCGGUUAUUUGAUCAGAGAUGCAGCUUGUUAUAUAUGUUGGUCUUUUCCAAGAGCCUAUGAUCCGCACAUUUUCGAACGUUACCUCAAAGAAAUUGCGGCAAUGUUGUUAGUUGUAACGUGUUUCGAUAGAGAGAUAAACUGCAGAAGAGCAGCGUCUGCCGCGUUUCAAGAAAACGUAGGCAGACAAGGCAAUUUUCCGCAUGGUAUAGAUAUACUGACUGUCGCCGAUUAUUUUGAAGUUGGUGUGAGGAGUCACACGUACCUCAAAAUCAGCGUACAAAUUGCACAAUACGAAGAAUAUACAAAACCUUUAAUAGAUCAUUUAGUGACAAAGAAGGUCACACAUUGGGACACUUCAAUAAGGGAACUUUCAGCCAGAUCGCUUUUCAACCUGACAGCAGCUGAUCCGCAUUACAUGAUAAGUACAGUACUGUCAACAUUAUUGGAUAUGUUGAAUUCUAUCGACUUGAAUGUUAGACACGGUGCAGUACUAGCUACUGCGGAAAUUCUUGAAGCUUUACAUAAUCACUUUAAUGAUAAAAUUGAAUAUAUUAUUGGAACCGCGGCUGUAGCUGAUAUACAAAAUAUAAUACGAACUUUCAGGAAUAGAGGACAAUUUAAAGGUCUUGGAGGAGAACUAAUGAAACAAGCUUGCGCCGUGUUGAUAAAAAAAUGUUCCAUGGUUCAUUUUCCUGUUCAUUUCACAGAUGUUGUAGAUGACUGGCAGAAAUUAUUAGAGGAAUGCUUGAGCCACGAAGUAUCGGCAGUUAAAUUGAAAGCGGCCGAGGCGCACACAAACUUCUUUCUGGAAUAUUAUGUUGAUGUUGAUUAUGACACACGAAAUGCUGUGGUGAAUCGUUAUUUGGAGUCCUUGCAAUCGAGUAGUCAGUCCGUUAGAAUAGGAUUUGCACAAGCAACAGGACAUUUUUCGUUGUUUGUAAUUCGUGAAAGAAUAAAAGAUAUCAUAAAUUCGUUGAUCACGUGCACUCAUAUAACCGAGAACACGCUGAAAUGGGCAGAGAGUAGAAAACAAGCCUUGCAAUCUCUAACAAUGAUACUACAAACGUUAGGAAUCGAUGAAGCCGACAAAUGGCAACCAUUUGUGCCGGAUGUGUACGACUGUUACUUAUUGGCUCUGAAAGAAUAUACGAUAGAUAGUCGCGGAGAUAUAGGCGCUUGGGUGAGAGAAGCGGCUAUGAUUGGAUUACACGUGUUAACAAACCUAGUAUCACAAGCAAAACUAUUGUUUGUGUUGAACGAAGACUUGAUGGCUGGUAUUGUUGGUGGUGUUGCACAGCAGGCUGUUGAAAGGAUAGACGGAAUUCGGGCUCAAGCUGGUAUUGUAUUCAGUUCUCUUAUACACAGCAAUCCGCCACUUCCAAAUAUACCACAUCAUAAUGAAUUGAAAACUAUAUUUCCUUAUAACGAAUGCAAAGAAAUUGAGUGGCGAAUGGAAUCGGCAACGUUUCCACGAUUUAUCAAGAUGUUGAGUUUUCCAUCGUAUAAAAUAAACUUGUUACGCGGAAUUAUAUUCAGUGUCGGCGGUUUAAGUGAAUCUUUGGUAAAAUAUUCGAGUGUUUCUUUAUUUACUUAUCUGCAAGAGAUCGACGAAGUAGGUUUAAGAGAUUUUUGUGAAAAGAUAUUAAAUAUAUUCAAGGAAAAUCAUAAAAAUGAAAGAAUGAUAACAUCAAUGCUGGCUUUUUUGGACCGUUUGUUGAGUUCGGGCUGUAUUCAGUCUAUCUUGGACGUAGACUAUACAAUCUCAGAGCAUAUGUUGACGCUAUUAAAACACGAAAUAAAAUAUUCCAACAAUAUAAAAUUGCUCAUUAGUAGUAUAAAUGUUUUUUGUCAGUUAUUACAGGUACGAGGACCCGUAGCAAAGAGAGCGUUUUGCCAAUUGAGUAUAUUUUUGUGUCACAAAUACACAAGUUUAAGGAGGACAACGGCUAUACGUACUUACGAAGCAUUGACUCUUUACGGAGAGGAGAUGGAUAUUGCAGAAGAAGAUUUAGCAAAUGUACUUGCAAAAUUGAAUGCGACGGAUUGGGAACAGCCAAUCGAAGAUUUACGUCCGAUCAGAAAUAAUUUGUGCGAAUUAAUGAAAGUACCUGCUCCAGUUUUGCAAACAAAAUCAACGAAUUGAGAAAAACUUGUUUGCGCUCACAGAUCUCUUAGUUUUUUAUUAGAAUUAUAUUUUUUUUCUACAGUUAAAUAAUACAGUAAGGCAUAACUUCAGCAGUAAUUGUAACAAUUUCCAAUUAAAUAAGACUAAUACAGUAUAAUUUAAAAAUAUUGUAAAAUAUGUAUGCAUAAAUUAUCUUUUUCUAUCAUGCAAGCUUGUACAAUUUGUAAGAUGCAUUUGAUAAUUUUCAUCGCAUAUAUUAUACAAAAUAAACAUAUUUCUAUAACUUCUCUCAA